AUGUCUGACGAACUGGAACUGACAAAAAACUUGGGUCAAAAGAUAGAUACCAUAUCGAACGAUUAUGGACACGAACGAACGCGUCGAGAGGAGCUGUCUGAAGAGGAAAAGAAUCUAGUUCGUAAACUUGAUCGGAGGAUAUUGCCCAUUGCGUGUCUCCUCUAUUUAUUUGCAUACUUGGACCGCUCAAACUUGGGCAAUGCCCGACUGCAGGGUUUACCCGAGGACGUUCUUGGUGGGGACAAGACCGGAGAGCUGUUUGAUUGGGUUAAUUCAGCCUUCUUCUUCACUUAUAUCCUCUUCCAAGUUCCAGCAACUGUAAUAUCCAAACUCUUUCCCCCUCGCCUAUGGAUAGCUUCAGCUGCCAUUGGCUGGGGCUUGUGCUCUACCCUUAUGUCAACGGGGUUUAGCUUUGGCGGACUGGUGGUCUGCCGUCUUAUGCUUGGCGCCUUUGAAGCCGCUUUUGGACCCUCUAUUCCGUUAUAUCUAUCUUAUUAUUACACCAAAACGGAAAUGGGACUUCGAAUGGCGUAUUGGUUUGGCUUUGCUGCUGUCGCAGGUGCCUUUGGAGGCCUUAUUGCAUUUGGAGUGCAGCAUAUCCACUCUUCGCUACAGAAUUGGAGAAUCUUGUUCAUCAUAGAGGGAAUACCACCAAUACUUCUGGGAAUCUUGACAAUUUUUCUGCUUCCUGACCGUCCAGAAUCUACUUCCUUUUUGAAUGAGCGGGAGCGUGCGAUUGCCAUUGAUAGGAUGAACAGAUCCACGAGCGGUGAUACGGGGGCAACCGUUAAUAAAGCUCACAUCUUUCUCGCACUCCGUGAUUGGCGAAUUUACACUGCAGGUGUUAUUUACUUUGGUUUGAACUGCGCCCUGGCUUCCACUUCAGCGUUCCUGCCGACUAUUAUCACGACAUUUGGAUACUCCAAUGCCCUCGCUCAGCUAUUGACAGUCCCGCCUUAUGCAGUGGCAGCCGUUCUCUUAACACUUCUCUCUCUCAUUUCGGAUAGACUACAAAGCCGAGGCAUCUUCAUGGCGAUCUCUAGCAGUCUUGGUGGACUGGGAUAUUUACUUCUCCUGACCGUACAUGCAAAUGUUCAUGUUCGAUACUUUGCCACGUUUUGCGUUGUCAGUGGAACAUACACAACGAUUGGGAUUAUUAUAGCUUGGUUUGCCCAUAAUCUUGGAUCAGAAACUAAGAAAGCGACUGGCAUUCCCAUGUUCAUGGCCAUAGGCCAAUGUGGAAGUAUUCUCGGAUCUCACCUAUUUCCGAAGACGGACGGACCUCGGUACAUCAAGGGCUUUGCAAUCUGUUGCGCCCUCGAAUUCUUGGCGGCUGUGUGCUCUAUCAUUCUGAGUAUCUCUUAUCGAAAUGCCAAUGCCCGAAGGGAUGCAAUGUAUGGUCGACCAAAAACUAAUGCUAAGGUUGAUACCAGUGAACUCGCAGACGAGGCGCCGGAGUUCCGCUAUGUACCGUGA